CCAUCGCACCCACCUCCUCACUCUUAUGCCAAGGCCGCUCGCUGCUGCAGCGAGCUCAGUGUCCCACGAGCUCUGGUCACGAUAGGGUGCGACACCUCCUCCCCCUUGAACUUUCUCGGAAUUGUUUACUCUUUGCUGCUCCUGUUCCUGCCGCUGCUGUUUACAUUCUUGGCCGAGUGGUUUGUCAACGUUUCUUCAGUGGACGUUCCUGUGCCUCCUCCGCCUCCUCUCUCAAUGAAGACCUUCCAUGAACCUUUACCAACAACGUGAAAGUUUUUGAAGAACUUUCGUGACUCUACAAGGUCACCUCCCUCCUUCCCCUCUUCCUCUCCUUCCUCGUCCACAUCAUCAUCCUUCAAUAAAUCCAAAAACAAACACCCAAAAAAUCCUCCCGCGACCCCAAGAGCUGGUGUGGGGGAGUGUCCAUCCUUACCAACUACUACUGCAGAAGGAGGAACACCCACACAACUUAAUCCUCGGGCCAAAACUCCAGAAGAAGGAAAAGAAGUGGAGAAGGAAAGGCCCCACGUUACAGUACCUGGCUCCUAAGGACACUCCUGAUCUCAAACAUUCCCACGAUGGCCUACCAGGUGAAGAUGGAUCGUGUACAGGUGAUGCGGCCGAACCUCUACGAUGUCCUAGGCUCCAUCGAUGCUACGGACGAUCUGGAGGUGUUUGAAGUAGAGGGUGAAGUGGCAGCCAAAGUGAGCAUGGUUCAACAAUUGACUCAGGAGGUGACAAGUCGAGCUGACGCCCUUGGUUGUGGUCAGGUCAUGGUGCCCAAUGGACUUAUCGAUGAAGUAACUGCCCAGGUCCUUCGGUUAGCGGACUCUGAACCGUGUGGACUGAGGGGAGGCGUCCUGCACGUGCUGUACGACGACGGACAGCAGGGAGAGCAGGAGCUGACGAGGGUAGUACUUGACCCCACUAUGCCCAACACCUAUGAAGUGUACCUGACCUUGACCCCUGACACAACUACCUGGUACCACAAGAUGUCUAGGAUAAUUAAGCCUCUCCGUAAGUCCAGCCCACUUCUUCUCAGUACCCGCUUCAAGCUUGAGAAACGGAAGCUUUAUCCUGAAGAGUGAUGGGGGCUGUUGAGCAAAGCUUGAAGAGUGUGUAUACAGUACUUCACCAGCUCACUCCUCUCCCUUGGUCAGCUUCCUAAAGAUGUUGCUGUCAGUGUCUGUGAGUCAUAGUCUGUCUGUCUGAUAGGGCUGUCUGUCUGUGAGUUGUUUUGGUCGGUCAAGUUACAUUUGGAUAGGACGGUUAGGCUCUGUCUAUCUGUCUGUGUGUCUGUUUAGUAUCCACCAGUCGUAAUUUUGUCUGGAUGGAUGGCUGGGUCUGUCUGUGGUUACCAUCGUCUGUUCUUAUGGCUGACGGUGAUCUAGUGAGAGAGAUUUUUUUCGUCAGCCAGGCUUCCAGAUUUUGGUUUGCUGACGUUUUGGUCCCCGUGUUAGUCAGCGUUGUUGGCUUACCUGCUGAUUUCACCUGACUGGUCUGCUGACAUACUGACACCUACUUUCAUCUGCUGACAUUACUGACACCUACUUUCAUCUGCUGACACUCCUUGAUUUAUGAUGUCCUGACUACUAUUAAUUAAUUAUCAGCCACUGUCGUAUCCUAACUGAUGCCCUGACUACAGUAUCAUCAACCAUUGACUUUAUCCCUCUGCUGACGACUGACGCCUUUCAUCAAGAUUCUCAAAAUAAACAAAAACAACAUCAGGAAAACAAAAACAUCAAACAACAAUUACAACAAAAACAAGAUGAAGUUAUCGUCUCCUGAGAACUUCCAGACAAACACACCAACACCUCGUACAAGAUCCUCAGUGUCUGGCGCCCUUUUUCCAGUCAGUUCUUCCAGAGAUGAGACCAAGAGAACCAAGACGCCAUUACAGCUUCCAGGAUCUACAUAAGGAAAGAGAAGAAGAAGAAGAAGAAGAAGAAGAAGAAGGAGGAGGAGGUAGGUAGAUGAUCAAGGAGGAUGAGGUGUGAUGGAGAGAAGACUUCACAUGCACACACACACACACACCGACCAUUUCUACAAGGAUAUCAAAAAAGCCCUUCCCUCACCUCCCCACCUCCUCACCUAUCUUAGUGUGGCAAUUAACUAAGAUAUUCUCAAUUAAUUCUACUUCAUCGAUAAUAUUUCCUCUCCACCCAAUCGAUUAAAAUUUUAUACCCAAUUAUACUUCAUCUCCGUAAAAAAAAAUAGGGGGAAAUAAGUCUUAAAUUCCAUGACAAUUGAUAGAACACAGAAAUAGACUUAAAAGGGUGAUUAAUGUCUUUACUGCCAGCUAGAGUCUGUAUCGUACACAAACACACACUCACACACUGCCCCAAAUGAACCUCUUAAUUUUGACGUUAAGAAUGUACAAAACUCAUGUGGGAGAGAAUUAGUUUUUUUCGUAAGUUUAUAUUGUAUUGAGGCUACAGAAUGAUGACAAGUUCUCUAGUAGAGUUUAUUAAGGCUAUGUUACUUGUGAAUAUAAUAGUAUGUGGUUAAUUAAAGGAAAAUGGAUUAAUUGAAGAAGAAAAUGGGAAAGUGUAAAAGAAAAUGGAAUAGAUAUGAAAGAAAACGUAGCAAGUUAAGAAGAAAUGUAAAAGCAUUAAAGAAAACGGAAUAAAUGAAGAAGAAAAGGUAAACUGUAGAAGAAAAUGACAACACGAUUAUAAUUUAUAAGUAUAGAGACGAAUAGACACUGAAAAUAUUUAUCUACCUGUAAGUUUUAAUACUUUGUGAUAAAUUUACCUAAACUAAAUUAUUGAACAGUUCAGUGGAAUUUGUUCAUUGUAGUGAUAUUAUACAUAAAUACAGGUGUGUCUCAAGGUGACCAUAUAUUGAACAACAGUGUAUAAUGAAUGAUAAAGGUGAACAUAUGGUGAAUAACAAGUAUAUAAUGACUAAUGCUGGUAAAAUGAAAAUGAUUUGAUUCUUAGAUGUUUGUUUGAUAGGUGCAAUGUGAUGUUAGAUAUUUAUGUUCAAUGUUUAGAGAUAUAAUAAAAGGUUAUUGUAUCUAUAAUUAUACACAAAUGUGAUGUUAGAUGUUUAUAAGGUAUAUUAGGAUGUUUAUAUAGACUUUAAUGAUGAAUGUUGAAGGAUAAUUUAAGAAAAGACUUAAACAUCCUAAGCUGGAGUUGACAUAGAAGUUAUUUAUACCACCUGUGAAAUUAUUUAGUAUUGUUGAUAAUAAUGUAUUCCGUGUUAGUUGUCAAAGUAUAUGUAUUUUUUGCUUAGCUUGUUAUACACACAAAAAUAUACACUAAGUCCUCAUAAUGAUACAAAUUAUUAUUAAAAAACAAGUAACUUAGAGAUGUUUUAUACGAUUAUUAUAUAAAGAUUAUAUUAAAAGUAAUGUCUUCUUUUUUUAUAUAUAUGA